ACACCUGCCUGCACCAUGAACCACUAACUUAAAUUUGAGACGACAAUAAACAGGGAUUAAAGCUUUCGAAUUUCGAAAACCCAACCAAAAGGCAACAUUGUCUCAUUACGGGGUAUGUGGAAAGCAGUUGGGGCACUGAGUUAAAGAACUGAAUGUGCUUGAUGAGAGGAUGGGACUGGAGGCAGAAGACCUCAUUAAAAAAUCAAGCAAGCGCAGCCAUGCUAAUGGCAAUGCGUAGACGCUGGAGUGGGGGCUUGACUUACCGAUGACAUGCACACAGACAACUCACAGAUACACAUAGACACACGUGGGGUAUCCAUAGACCAGCACACACUUGUGUUGUUGUUUGGUAGCUGGGCUAAUGGCAAAUGCCAAACGAAAUCGCAAAGAGAGAAGGAUCCCAGAGUCCGACAAUGUUUCUGCUUCAGGUUGAGUCUGGAAACUUGCAACAUGCAACGCACACACACACACACACACUCAAGUACCAUGGGGACAAAGGAAGCAGUUAAUUUAUGCCAACAUGCUCAGGGUAAUUGCCCCAAUGCAGCUGAAGAAUAAAAGUAGUCAAGGCAAGGCAAGAGAGUCAGUCGCAGUCGCAGCAUUUAAAUUAGCCAACUAGGGGAUUUUAAUUAGUGUCAAGUGCCUCAAAAUAAAUGGACGCCCGUCACUGCAGUGGUGUAGAGCAGUGGGCGUUGCAGGGAGCCAAUCAAAGUGGAUUACAAGUCAAGUCACUCAUACGCCCUGUGAGCCCACUCUCCACUGCACAGUCAAUUAUUAAUGGGAGCUCCCACCACUCGGGAGUGCAGUGUGGCAAAAGGGCUGACUGCUGACAUCUCAAUUCAUUCUGGAAAUCAGAAAAACCAGGCAAAAUUGUUUAUAGUAUACUUGUAUUAGAAUGCCAGUGGUAAAUGCCUGGGGAACUGAUUUUCAUCAUUCAUUUUCCGAGUCGACUUUUCCACUUUCAACGCUGAAUUAUGAAGGCUUCGCAUCCCCAUGAAGCCUGCAUGUGAGUCAGUGGCCAGAACAAGCACAACUUGAUGACGCAGUGCUGGGAAUACGUCGAGAUGGGGGAAAUGUGAGAGAUCGACUGAGGUGGCGGGCGACGGAGGCAUGGUAUCUGAGUGGCAUGCAAAUGGAUUGCCCCAUCGUGUAAUUCGAGAAGCAGCAGCAGCAGCAGCAGAACUAGCACCAGCAGGAGCCAGAAAGGGCUCCAAUUUGAGCUUUACUGUGGCUGGGUGGCAUCCAAGUCGAAACGCCUAAUCAGGGUCAUAUGGAUUUCCACGCGAAUGAGCAAACCAGCAAUCCGAGGACACCCAUAUGCCUCAUCAAUGUUAAUUGGACUUGUUUUGGGAAUUACAUUCCCCAACCAACAUAGAUAUCAAUCUACCAAUGAGAUUCUUGUACAAACUUGUCAACGUUUUAUUUUUCUGCCAUUCCAGAGGUACGAGUAUCUGGAAAUUGUCGUAAAUUGUCCGUUGUGGCUUAUCAUCACAUCCAAAAUUCAAUCCGUUUAUUUUUUUAAUUCUUCUGAAAGUCUGUUGCAAAGUCCAUCCCUAAUGUCUCUACCGCCGGAAAUACGUGAAAUCAACGAUCGUCGCUACAGAGAACUUAUCUCUCGGUAUUAUCGUGAAGCAUUUCUCAUGGCAACAGAGGCUUUAACGAUUGGCGAUGGCCUGCAUGUGCGUGCUGGCCGAGGACCAAAUGUUCCACCUGAGGAGUUCCGCAUUAUGCAUGAGAUCUUGAACCUUGAUCUUGAUGGGCCAAACGCACCACGCAACUUAGGCGCAGGCGAUGCCCCGAUCAGACAAAUGAACCCCCGUUUUUUAUUUAACAACAUCGACCACCAGCAGUCUGAGCAGGAUGACGUUGAGUUGGAGAACUUCGAAGAAGACGAUGGUCCACUCAACUUGGGAUUGUUCUCCAUGGGCCGCCAUUGGGGAGAGGCACAGCCGUACUUCAGUCCCCAACAGAUUGCACCCCGACGCCAGGCCCUGGAGCUGCGAUUCACUGUCACGAUUGACUUGAACUGGAGCUAUUAUAAGCAGAUCUUCAAAAUAUUCGCCAAGAUGGGAUGGUGGGCGGCCUUGCGUUUGUCCUACUCUGAGGCCUUCUUCAAUUUAAAUUAUGGUUCCAGAUCUUAACUAAUGCAAUAAAGAAACUAUCAGAGCAUUUUAUUC